AUGACACGACAGUCACCCGUUCCAUCAAGCGAAGGCCGGCAUGUCAGCUGCGAAUCGGUAAGUCGACGCUUGGACACGUCCCCCCUCCGCUCGUCGUGGCCGGCGCGUGCGGUCGCUUACGACAAACGCGCGUUGCGAGGAGUCCGUUUGCCCGAAACCUCCGCACGCCUGGGCGCACGAUCGCACCGCGGACGAAGCUGACCCAAAACCCCCUCUUGCCACACCGUCUGCCUUGGCACAGUGUCGCAAGCGCAAGGCUAAGUGCUCUCGUACACCUCAGUGCAGCAUGUGCACCGCUCGAGGCGUCGUCUGUACCUGGGCACCCGGAACAGGGCCAAGGUGAGUUUCACGAGUCAUUGAGACACCUCUCCCGCACCAUCGCAAGGUCCGCCUCGCCCCACACCCGCGUUGAAGUUCGGCUGCUGUCCCACCUGGAUCGACAUAUCAACACGCAUUUUAACGUCGCUCAAAGGAAACAUGUAUGCUCCACGCUGGUCAGCUCGGGUCGACACCUGUGGUGAACCUUCGGCGUGGGUCGCCUAGUCGUGCCUCAUUCAGGUGACCUAAUCCCCUGCCAGGACGGCGCUCAGUUCGGCCUGCGGCGUCCCCAAAUCGAGCCAACGCCAGUUUCGAGCCGGAGUUUGCUCCCUUGCGCCCUAGGCUCGCGAACCCCACGGACCCACACACCCACACCCCUGUUCGGCGUCUUCCUUAGCGCGCAUACAUUUCCGAUUGCCGCACCUCGCAACUGAGACCUUGUGCUGACAAUGGAAACAUCGAUUCCGCUUACUUUCUCCGCACCAGCCGAACUUCCGAAGAAGCCGACCUCGCCGCUUGUGAAGCCGAAGUAACCCGUCUGAGCAAGCUCAACGCUCAACUCACACUGCGGAUCCAGCAACUCGAAGAGGAGGUCGUCAAUGCGAUACGGCGAGAGCGUACGUGGGCCGAUUGGCGCGAAGGAUACGGUCGGGAGCGUGGGUUUGUUCAGCAAUCACCAGGUGCUCGCGAGUUCCCUUCGCGACCGACAUCUCCACAAUCCAUGCGCUCUUAUCAGCCUUCGGGCCCGACGUAUCUGCGGACAGGGGUGUCCGCUCGGCGUCGGUCAAUUUCACCGCCCCGUCACGCAAGUCGGCAACCUUCGGUGCCGCCUGCAACAACGUCCCCUCGGCAACUCUCACAUUCGCAAGGUUCGCCACAGAACCGGGUGUACUAUCGUUCCGAGCCGGACACUAAACCCAACCUGGCUCAGUACGAGCGGCCUGCCGCUUCGGGCUUUGUCUCGCCCCGGGUCCCGCGCAUGAAUUAUCGUGGGGAUCGAACCGCCGGUCCCGACACCAUCUCACGACACCAAGAAGCCUCCAAUUCGUCUACACCACGGAAAGAAGGCGCAGAACCGGACGAGCGCGAACACUCCCCCGUUUCGUCCAGUCUCGAAAAAGCCGCUCAUCUGUCUCUGGCCGCCUUGCGCAACCAUAACCCAGGGGCCGAGUCGGCGGGGGUCACUUUACCUCGAUUACAAAUGGAUGCACCUUCUUCAUCCUCUAGAGCCUAUUUGGGUCCCUCAAACUCGUCUUCCGAAACUUCGAAUGCUCGAUCGUACGGCCUGCAGCGACAAGGUUCUGACCCUUGGCAAUACCGUGUCUCACCUUCCUCGCUACCGCAAUGGGCGAAACACCAAGCCUCCGCAUCGAGCCGCUCGAAUCCUCCGACGAUGGAAACCUCAGCUGAAAGGGAACGCACCCAGAGUUACCCUCAAAGUGUGACCUCGUCGACCUCUCCUAGAUCAAGUCAUUUCGAAAGCGUCGCAAAUUCAAGUUCGCGCAGUCGAACGAGCUCCGGGCCUAGUACGUGCGCGACGAGUACCGACAAGAUGGAUGUGGAGUCGGACCAACCGGAUGAAGACCCCGAUCCGUCCAUCCUUGCUCGCCUUGACAGAGCACCGAGUGCUUAA